GGCCUGCAAAGAUGCUGGCGGUCCCGGAGAUGGGCCUGCAGGGACUGUACAUCGGCUCCAGCCCAGAGCGCUCCCCAGUAUCCAGCCCACCCGGCUCCCCAAGGACCCAGGAAAGCUGUGGCAUUGCCCCCCUCACACCUUCGCAAUCGCCUAAGCCUGAGGCCCGAACCCCUCAGCGGGCCCCCUUCUCCGUGGUGGUAGCCAUUGACUUUGGCACCACAUCCAGUGGCUAUGCCUUCAGCUUUGCCAGUGACCCUGAGGCCAUCCACAUGAUGAGGAAAUGGGAGGGCGGCGACCCGGGUGUCGCCCACCAGAAGACCCCCACCUGCCUGCUGCUGACGCCAGAGGGUGCCUUUCACAGCUUUGGCUACACGGCCCGAGAUUACUACCACGAUUUGGACCCUGAGGAGGCGCGAGACUGGCUCUAUUUCGAGAAGUUCAAGAUGAAGAUUCACAGUGCCACUGAUCUCACCCUGAAGACCCAGCUAGAGGCGGUAAAUGGAAAGAGAAUGCCUGCGCUCGAGGUGUUCGCCCACGCCCUGCGCUUCUUCAAGGAGCACGCGCUUCAGGAGCUGAGAGAGCAGUGCCCGUCACUACCGGAGAAGGACGCUGUGCGCUGGGUGCUGACGGUCCCAGCCAUCUGGAAACAGCCCGCCAAGCAGUUCAUGCGGGAGGCUGCCUACCUGGCUGGCCUGGUGUCGAGAGAGGAUGCAGAGCAACUACUCAUCGCCCUGGAGCCCGAGGCUGCCUCUGUCUACUGUCGAAAGCUGCGUCUGCACCAGCUCUUGGACCUGAGCAGCCGGGCCCCAGGUCACGGGCGCCUGGGCGAGCGUCGCUCCAUCGACUCCAGCUUCCGCCAGGCCCGAGAACAGCUGCGAAGGUCCCGCCACAGCCGUACCUUCCUGGUGGAGUCAGGUGUCGGAGAGCUGUGGGCAGAGUUGCAAGCAGGAGACCGCUACAUGGUGGCAGACUGUGGGGGAGGCACGGUGGACCUGACAGUGCACCAGCUUGAGCAGCCCCACGGCACCCUCAAGGAGCUCUACAAGGCGUCUGGUGGCCCCUAUGGCGCUGUGGGAGUGGACCUGGCCUUCGAGCAGCUGCUGGGCCGCAUCUUCGGGGAGGACUUCAUUGCCACUUUCAAGAGGCAGCGGCCAGCAGCCUGGGUGGAUCUGACGAUUGCCUUCGAGGCCCGCAAACGCACGGCAGCCCCACACCGUGUGGGGGCGCUCAACAUCUCUCUGCCCUUCUCCUUCAUUGACUUCUACCGCAAGCAGCGAGGCCACAAUGUGGAGACCGCCCUGCGCAGAAGCAGCGUGAACUUCGUGAAGUGGUCCUCACAGGGGAUGCUCAGGAUGACUUGUGAGGCCAUGAACGAGCUCUUUCAGCCCACCGUCAACGGCAUCAUCCAGCACAUAGAGGCACUGCUAGCGAGGCCGGAGGUGCAGGGUGUGAAGCUGCUGUUCCUGGUGGGUGGUUUCGCCGAGUCGGCGGUGCUGCAGCAUGCGGUGCAGGCGGCGUUGGGGACCCGCGGCCUGCGCGUGGUGGUCCCGCACGACGUGGGCCUCACCAUCCUCAAGGGCGCCGUGCUCUUCGGGCAGGCCCCCGGCGUGGUGCGGGUGCGCCGCUCGCCGCUCACCUACGGGGUGGGCGUGCUCAACCGGUUCGUGGCUGGGCGCCACCCGCCGGACAAGCUGCUGGUUCGCGACGGCCGCCGCUGGUGCACCGACGUCUUUGAGCGCUUCGUGGCGGCCGAGCAGUCUGUGGCCCUGGGCGAGGAGGUGCGGCGCAGCUACUGCCCCGCGCGCCCCGGCCAGCGGCGCGUGCUCAUCAACCUGUACUGCUGCGCCGCCGAGGACGCGCGCUUCAUCACCGACCCCGGCGUGCGCAAGUGCGGCGCGCUCAGCCUCGAGCUCGAGCCGGCCGAGGGGGUCCCCGACGGCGCGGGCGUGCCCCCUGGCCGCCGCGAGAUCCGCGCCGCCAUGCAGUUUGGCGACACCGAGAUUAAGGUUACCGCCGUCGACGUCAGCACCAACCGCUCGGUGCGCGCCACCAUCGACUUCCUUUCCAAUUGAGGGUGCGCGGGCGCGGCGUCAGCCCCUCGCCGGCCCCGCCCUCUCCCGGGCCGGGGUCGGAGGCACGCGCCGGGGCGGAGGAACCCGAGGUCGGCGCCCGCUCCCGCCUUCUGCCCAGGGGGGCACCAGGUGAACGGGAGGAUGGACGAGGACGCGUCCAGAAACGCCGGCUUUGCUUGGGGCUGCAGGGCCCUGCCCAGGACUGAAGUCGGGGCGCCUUGGCAGUCUCGGACGGCACGCCCACGGGGGGCACGUGACCCGGAAGGCGCGCGGGCUGAAGUGGGGGUGGGGUGGGGGUGGAGCGCUUGGGCGAGGCCCGGCGGAGUCGCGGCGGGAGGGCGGCCGCGCACUGACUGAUGGGCUCGGGCCGAAGCGGGCGGAGCGGCCCCGGGCCACAGAGAGGGGGCUGGAGGCUGACCACCCCCUUGGCUGUUCACUGUAAAAGGGGCGGUGGCAGGCCGAAGUGGCUACAGGGUGAAGGUUAGAAGGGAUGUGGAGGUAGCACGCGGGGAGGGGGCGUCCUUCAGGGCAAAUGGCCAUCUGGGAAGGCCUCAAGAGCAACCUAGAAACGCCCCAUUUGCACCUAUCCCAGCCACCGGAGGGCGAGGGUGGCAAGGACAGCAGGCGCUGAGGGCUGGCCCAGCUCUGUUGUCCACUGGGUGUGCCAUUACCAGGUGCUCUGCCCAGCCGCACGUGCAGCAGCCCCACCUGCCUGAGAACCCUAAAGUGACAAUAAAGCAUUUAUGCUCUAGGUGAGGCUUUGUGGUCUGCGGUACCUCACAAGAGGGGACCUCGAUAGUUGAGUAGUGCAGAGGGCUGACAGCUAACCAGAAGGGAGCGCUGCAGUCUCCCAGCAAGCAACCUCAACAGAACUACCCAGCUUGGUAAGACCUUGCUUAGAUGUGAGAGAAGGUCCUUCCCCACCCAAAUUCAGUGCCACAGCUGUACC